UGGGCGAAUGGAUGAGCAAGGUCAGACGGGCCGGGUCGGUAACAGAGAGAACGGUAAGGUACAAGGCAGCAGGCAGAGAAUGGUCGGGUCACACGCCAGGUCAGCAACAGCAGGUCAAAUCUAAUAGGGGGCAUCCAGGAGAGAGGUCAGGUAAAGCAAGGGUCAGAAUAGGAGAAAACAGCAAGGUCAGGUACAAUCCGGGUCAGUAACUUACAGGGUACAGGAGUCAAUCACAGGAAGCAGGGAACAGACCAUACGGCAAUGGGACAACUAC